CUGUCUCUCUCUCUCUUCAAUCGACUCUCACCGCAGCUUAUACAAGGAAUGCCAGAUGAUGAGGUGAGAACCUUGUUGGGACUUUUAGAUCAUUGCGAUAACUUUUUGCGAAACUACCGACGCCAUCCGAUCACUUCCACAGCUCCUAUCCGCCCUAUCUCCAAUUGUCCUUGGAGGGACAAUCUAUUACCGUCCUAGGAGAAGCGAGAUUGCUCGCAUAAUAUCGGAAUUCGAUCCCGACGGCAAGGCUCGCAAUGUUACGGCUCGGUUUAUGAUAUCUAGCGCCAUAAUUUAAUAUCUUUUUGCGUAUCGGCUCCCCUCUCUCUACAUCAAUCGCUUGGCAUCGCGACAUGCCAAGUCGCCUGGAAUGGAAGAUCCCUGGGGUUCGCCGUGGGCUGCAGACUCUCCAGCAAAAAUAGAGCUCCCAGCCGCGCCCCAGAAUGCGCAUUUCUCUGCCGACAGCCUUUUCCCUCGACGCAACUCUCGCUCGCCUGCACCGUCACGAUCGCCGGGAUUCGAGGACGACGAUGCGUGGGGUGGGUGGAAUGGCGGUGGUGCCGACGGCGCUGCCGUCGGCAAGGAGAGUCCUGGAUGGGGGAGAAGUCCUGGGCUGCAGCCAUUGCAGAUGGCGCCGUCGGUGAGGUCCUUGUCGCCGGAUCCCUGGAAAGAGGUGGCCUUGCAAAGAUUGGACACGGCGACGCUAGAAAACGAGGAAAGAAAGCCAAGAGCGAGGAGAGCUUCUGAGACGUCCGGGGACGAUCGAGUCGUGGAUUCUGCCAUCAGCCUUGGAGACGGACACCAAUUACAGAGAGAGGAUCAUUUGAAGAGCAAGGAUCCGGCCGUGGUACCGUCAUUGGAUAUUGAUGCCGCCGAGGAUGCUUGGGGUGCUGAAGUGACGCCGGAAGCGCCGGCUCUAGACGGGAUCCCAGCUAUUCAGCUUGAACAACCUGACUCGCCUCUCGACGUCGAGAUACCGGUGAUUGACGUUAAGCAUGAAGUGUGUGACAAGGAGCCCGACAAACCGUCAUUUACGACUGAUGAAUCCGUUCAGAAGGAGGAUAUAGUUGGUAUUCCAAUUGGACUUGAAACGAGAGAGGAGCAGCCAAUAGCAACUGUGCAAUCGACUGAUGAUUGUGCAGUUGUUCCAGAACCGGAAGGUGGCCAGCUGCCGCCGCCUAUCAAAAAUGAGACGGUUGCAGAACCUCAGCACCCGCGUCGGGAAUCGCAAGAUGAAAUUCUCGCGUCGCCAGCUGUAGGGGAAACUAAAGAGUUAAAACCGCCAUCCACCUCUUUGCACUCUCAGCCAGCUGAGCAAGAGACACCCUGGGUGUUGAAAGAUUUGGGUAUAUCAUACCCUGUCGAUCUCACCAAGCUUGAUGACUUGUUUCCGUCGACGCCUGCUAUUACGACUGAAGCAGAACUUGUUCCGGAUGUUAUCAUAGACGACACCUUUGCUUCUAGCAGUGAGCGCAAGGCGUGGUACCGAAUCUCUCGAUUUGGAUCAAAGAGAAAGCAUGACUUGGGAGACGAUGAUAAUUAUGUACGUGUCGGCUGGUCCGGAUCACAAAUUCGAGAUCGUACUACUCAGACUGUGAGGAGAUGGAUGGAAGAAGAUUCCAUCACUGGACGUGUGGUCCUGGGUAGACGCCUUGGUGGAUCUGGCGCAGUCAUGUUCAACUGGAAUUCGACAGCACCUGUAGAGAUUGGAGAGUUUUUGGGGAGGCAUUCGAGAAAUUCCUCAAUGACCGUGAAGUCAGCCGCUCCAUCACCUACCGCAUCGUCAUUUGGCUGGGCGAGCAGUGUUCCACCCUCGCCAGCGGUUGCCAGACAUCCCUUGGCCAAUGAAUUUCAGAAUCUAGAUGAGCGAGAAAUGCAACCACCUAAAGAGCCUAAAGUCAACUCGGCUCGACAGUCGUUAGCUCUUGAGCCGCCGCCGCUUCAUACACGGGGGCAUAUUCCCACACCUAUUAAGAUCCCGCCCACUCUGCCCAUAAGCCAAGACGAGGAUGGUGAUGAUGAUUGGGGCGAGAUGAUGACCGCUACACCUAUUGACUCACCAUCUUUCACCGAGGACGAGGGAGCUUUUGGCAGCAGCCGUAACAGCAUCGAUCCCCAGUCCGCUUUUCAGUUCGAAACGGCGUUUGAAAGCCCCAGAGUUGCAUCGCCAAAGAUAGAGAAAGCCAGCAAGCGACCCUUGUCUUGGCAUCUGGGCCAGACGCUUGCCAAGCCCUUUAAACGAGGGGCCAAGACACCAUCAACACCACUGUUCUCCAGCCCGCUAUCUAAACCGAUGACGCCGCCCCAAGCCACGCCUACUCGCCACGCGCAUACAAUGUCUGCCGGUGCGUCGCCUAUGCAAUCUUCGCCGGUCCGACUUAGUUUGAGUGCUGAAGAUGAGGAAACCGUGGCUAAACUUUUACGGGAUAUCCCGGAUCUUACAUAUAUGCUACGCUGAUAGUGAAUCGAUAUGAGGGCUGCACUCGAAGUUUGGCUACGCAGUUGUGAUAAUGAUGUUGUAGAGUUUUUGGAUCUAGAAAAGAUAUUUUUUGGAAUUUACUAUCGCAUAUGAAAGAAAGUAGCAAGGCGUAUUUGGCUUAUGCAAAAUAUUGGAGAGCAUUGAUUUGGAUGGAACAACUUAGAUAAUCUUUAAAUGAAAGAAGAG